AUGGAAGCUGAUAAAACUGUCAGCACACAAAUUGAAGUUUCCGAGAUUACAACCGCAUUUGCAACACAAAUUGUACCAAUGCCUGUCUGUCGAUAUGAGAUUCUUGAUGGUGGACCAUCAGGACAACCAGUUCAAUUUGGUACCAUUGGACAACCAGUAUAUCAUAAAUGGACAUGCGAUUCAGAAACUGUUGAUACAUUCUGUGCAGUGGUACAUUCAUGCUUUGUUGAUGAUGGUAAUGGUGAUAAAGUAGAAUUAUUGAAUGCUGAUGGUUGUGCAUUGGACAAAUUUCUUCUCAAUAAUUUAGAAUAUCCUACUG